AAUGUUGCUGCCUGUACAAUGAUAAGAAAAGUCCAAUAUGGCGGCUAAAGAAGGGCGUAUAGACAACUGGGCUGACAUUUUAGUACUUGUUGUAUACUUCGCUGCUAUUUUGGCCAUAGGGUUAUGGUCCAUGAGACGAUCAAACCGAGGGAAUGUGAAGAGUUACUUCCUGGCCGGACAUUCCAUGCCAUGGAUAACGGUAGGAGCUUCGCUAUUUUCUAGUAAUAUCGGCAGUGAGCAUUUCGUCGGUCUUGCCGGAUCGGCAGCCUCCAGCGGAAUCGCCAACAUCACAUUUGAAUGGAUGUCGACCUUCCCUAUAUUGUUACUUGGAUGGUAUUUUCUCCCCGUCUAUAUAUCUGCUGGUGUAUAUACACUGCCAGAAUACAUGGAAAAACGGCUUGGUGGGAAUAAGAUCCGGAUUUACCUCUCCUGUCUGUCUUUACUCCUCGCUAUCGUCACCAAACUGGCGGUGAGUAUGUUCGCCGGCUCCCUGUUUUUACAAAUGGCGACAGGGUGGAACAUGUAUCUAUCCGUCACCAUCCUUCUGACUAUCACAGGGUUAUACACCAUAUUAGGAGGUCUAACUGCCGUCAUGUAUACGGACACCUUCCAGACCGUGGUUAUGACCAUUGGCGCGUUCGUACUACUUGGGGUGGGAAUGUAUAAAGUAGGAAAUCUUGAAAAUCUCGAAAGGAGAUAUAUGAAUUCCUCGGCUACCAUACAGCUUAUAAACUCCACAUGUGGACUGCCGAGGCAAGAUGCGUUUCACGUGUUUCUCGACCCAGCCGGAAAUGUGCAGCCAUGGCCAGGGCUGAUCAUAUCUGCAUCCCUAAUAUGCUUAGCAUACUGGUGCUGUGAUCAAAUAAUUGUACAGCGGUCACUGGCUGCUAAGAAUGUAGAGCAUGCCAAAGGAGGAUCUAUCUUAGCAGCUUCUCUGAAAAUUCUGCCAUUGUUUUUGAUGGUCAUCCCUGGACUGAUUAGUCGAGUUUUGUUUCCAGAUGAGGUUGCCUGUGCCGACCCCGACGAGUGCAUGAGGAUCUGUGAGAAUCCUGUGGGAUGUUCUAACAUCGCCUACCCCAAAAUGGUCUUGGAACUUCUCCCAAAUGGAUUACGUGGUUUCCUGAUGGCUGUUAUCCUGUCCGCCAUAAUGAGUUCCCUGACUUCCAUCUUCAACAGUUCCAGUACUUUGUUUACCAUGGAUCUGUGGAGACGAUUUCGUCCAUUAUCGACCCAGAGGGAAUUACUAAUCGUCGGCAGAAUUGUCAUUCUCGUUAUGUGCGGAUUAAGCAUCGUCUGGCUUCCACUCAUCAAAGGCUCUCAAGGGGGACAACUCUUUAAUUACAUCAAUAUGGUCCAAGCCAAUAUAAUGUCUCCCGUUGGUGCAGCCUUCGUAAUGGCGAUGUUUUGGACGAAAACCACUGAAUGGGGUGUAAUCGGUGGGCUGAUAAUAGCCCACACUUGUGGAGUAAUCAGACUUGUCUUGGAGUUCGUUUACCCAGCGCCACCUUGUGGAGAACCAGAAACUAGACCCGCAGUUUUAUAUAAAGUUCAUUUCCUAUACUUUGGGACACUUCUGGCAUUCAUCACGCCGUUAGCCAUAGUGAUCAUCAGUAUGGUAACAACAGGACGACCUAAAGAACAGUUAGAGGGCAUCACCUGGUGGACACGAGUAAAGUAUUCUAAAACCAGUGAACAGCUUGGUGAAAAUGGUGUGUCUACGGAUGUAGAAAACGAAAUCAAACUUAAUGGAAAACAUGAGAACUUGAAUCUACAGGACACAAACAAAAUGGAACCUAACUCAGAUGAAGCACGUGGACACGAAGACCUUCCUCAAAAACAGAACGAGAAAAAAACUUGCAAGAACAAGUUGCUUGUAUUCCUAUUUGGAAUGCCCGACAAGGGGAGGGAGAUAGUUGUGAUGACUCUGCAUCAAAAACAGAUUUUCAUGAGAGAACAGCCAAAAGUUAAAAAGUUGUUGAACGCAUGCGCCAUCUUUGUUAUAGGAGCUGUGAUGUUCUUGUUUGGAUACUUUGCAUGAUUUAAUGGUAAAUUAACAUAUAUUUCGGAGAAAUGGAUGUUGAAAUUAACUUAUAUUCUGGAGCAUUGAAGCUAAUAUAGGUUAAAAGUGCAAAAAACUAAUAAAAUAUAUUUCCAACUAACAUAUGUAUAUUACGUUGGUUGAAUGUUUUGGCCAACGUUGUUGGUACUCCGUGGUUAGUUAUAUGAUAUGCUGGUUGUACUUCGUCCUUGAUUUAUUUUUAAUCUUGGUCUGAGCAAUGUUUGCUUUGUAUGCAUUGAUGCCAACAGUUGAGUUGAGACAGACAUGUAUGCAAAUCUGUACAGCUAGCCUUUUCUGCCUGUGUAGGAUCCUAUCACAAUGUCUCUGUUUAUUAAUUAGUAUUUAUUUAAGAGAAAAAAAUAGUGGUAAAGCAUAGUGUAAACAACCAGUUUUAUCAACAAAAUAUCAAACUCCAGAGUAGUGUAAUGUGACAGGACGAUGUAAAGCAGUUGACAUUGAAAUACAAACUCCAGUAAAAAGAAGUUGUGCAAUU